UCAAAAACGAAAAGAUACACAAAACGUCAAUGGACGCAGUUUUCGCCGUAAAAUUAAAAAAAAUGUAAUUUUUAGGGUAAUACAUGUUGGAGAAUCAUUGAAAAAUGUGGAAUGUCAUCAUUCAUUGUGCUAUGAAGAAGAUUAUUUCGAUUUUAGUGGAAAGUGUACAAGUGAUUGUCCGGUAAGCAGCAUCUUAAAAUCGCGAGACAGGCAUCGUCCGUAAAUAAGAGGAAGGACGAAUCGGAUUACAAAGAAAGAAUUAUACACCGAUUUUGCGGGAAGGUAGCACAACGUAAAGAAAAGCAUAGAUGGCACGGACACUAGUGAUAAAACAAUCAUUUGCAUUGAUUCUGCUGUGCUUAACAUUGUUUGGAACCACACCCGGGAAAAUAAAGUUAGUAGCGGCUGGGGCCACAGACGGAGCAUCCACGGUGGGGGGAGACUUUGACGAUCCGCCUGAUGAUGAGGAAGGCUAUUGUGCCCCGUACAAUGGGAAGGUCUGUAAAUCGUUCGUCAAGGGCCGGCAAGUUUGGUACAACCGAGAGGAUGGCUCCGGGGGAUGGCUGAACGAACAGAUCACCGCAGCUCUUUUCAGGGAUUUAAUCAACGAUCUUCCGGAUUAUUGUAGACCAGCAGCUGAGAAACUGCUAUGCGCCUUUGCGUUUCCCCAAUGUGUCAUCCGAGAUGGAGUGACGAUCCGUUUACCCUUGUGUUACGAAGAUUGUGUGGCAACGCAUCUACAGUUCUGCUACAAUGAUUGGGCCCUAAUAGAGGAGAAGAAAGAGCGCGGCGAUGUAAUUAAGUCGAGGGGUCAUUUCCGGUUGCCCAAUUGCGAGGAUCUGCCGCGAUACAACAGAACGGCCCGACACUCCACUUGUUCGCAUGUCGGCCUUACAGAGUUGGUUCAAGAAGAAGUGACAUAUGACUGUCGGAUGGGCAAUGGUCGUUACUACUUGGGAACGGUGAAUGUUACUGCAACUGGCAUACCGUGCCAAAAGUGGGAUUCUCAAGAACCACAUUCUCAUCAUAAGCCACCGCUGGUAUUUGCUGAGUUACAGGAAGCGGAGAACUACUGUCGGAAUGCUGGCGGCGAAGAACCGACUCCUUGGUGCUAUACGACGGAUAAAGGUGUUCGCUGGCAGGCCUGUGAUAUACCAUUAUGUCCUAAUUCUACCGACAUGAGUGCCACCAAAAAGCCCGUUAACAUUGUGAUGGAAUCGGUGUUCACUCCGUCAAUGAUUUUCUUGCUCUCCGGAAUUGGAUUCGUUGCGAUUGUCUUAUUGCAUCUUAUGGUGUUCCUAUGCUACCGAAUCACCCGUUACAAUAGCAACCGUCGACAAGGGGCGGCUGGAUACAAUACCGCUUCAACCCAGGACACGCAAGGAAUCGACAUCAACAAACUGCCCAGUAAUAUAAAUUACCAUAGAACCGGAGCUCAACUGAAUCCCAAGUUGGAGAAACUCGAGUUCCCUCGAAACAAUAUCAUAUACAUCAAAGACUUAGGUCAAGGAGCGUUUGGACGCGUUUUCCAGGCGAAAGCUCCGGGUUUGAUAGCCGGUGAAGACUUUACAUUGGUAGCAGUGAAAAUGCUAAAAGAUGAAGCUAGUCAAGAUCUUCAGGUGGACUUUGAAAGGGAAGCAUGCUUGCUGGCAGAGUUCGAUCAUCCGAACAUAGUGAAACUGCUGGGAGUCUGUGCUAUUGGACGUCCGAUGUGUCUUCUGUUCGAAUUUAUGGCUCGAGGCGAUUUGAACGAGUUCCUACGACAAUGUUCACCAUUCGCUCAACAGAAUCGGGCCGACAACAUAACCACAGAGCUAUCACACGGAGAUUUGCUAAGUAUAGCAUCACAAAUUGCGUCCGGAAUGGUGUAUCUAUCGGAGAGAAAGUUUGUCCAUCGGGAUUUAGCCACGCGGAACUGUUUGAUCGACGACAACAUGGUCGUAAAGAUAGCGGACUUCGGUCUCUCGCAUAAAAUCUACCUCCAGGAUUACUACAAAGGGGAUGAGAACGAUGCCAUUCCGAUUCGCUGGAUGCCUCUGGAGAGCAUCCUGUACAACAAAUAUACAAUCGAAUCCGACGUUUGGGCGUAUGGAGUUUGUAUUUGGGAGAUUUUCUCCUUCGCCAUGCAACCGUACUAUGGCAUGACGCACGAAGAGGUCGUCAAGUUUGUCAAAGAAGGCAACAUGCUGAGCUGCCCGGAAAAUACACCGCUGACAGUGUAUGAUCUGAUGCGGAAGUGUUGGAGCCGGAAGCCUGCGGAUCGGCCCAGCUUCCCGAUCAUUUAUCAGAAACUGCAGCAAAUAAGAGCGGAUUUUGACGGGAAAAUGCUGAUGUAGUCGAUUCGGUAAGUAGCUUACGUUCAUUUUGUUCUCGGUAUGAAUGGGUUUUGUUUAUCAAGGGUAUUUACAGGAGUAUACCAUUUUAUCUAUGACUGUUUUAGUUAUCUGACUGCUUUAUUUGCAUUUGCAAAACAAAUUCUAGACUUGACUUUUGUUCAACGAUUAUUAGAACUGAAAAGGUGACUGAUUUUUUUAGUUUAACGAAGGCUUUUGUAUAAUAGACAGUUUUUUACAGAUUCAUCGCGCAUCACAUAGUUGUUUUAGAAGUUUUAGAUUCAGGUUCACUUUUGCGGUACGUUGGGCUUUACAAAAGUAAAAUGGUUUAAUGUUGGUCUACGUUUAUUUAUUCAGGUCGCCACAAAUAUUGUUCAAGCUUUAGCAAUUUCCAAAUUCACGCUCUGCUUCCAUAAUUAAGUUAUGUUUAGACUUCUUAAACAAUAAGGUGAGAUUCUUCUGAUUGCCGGUACUUAAGUCCGAGAGAUCUGCUUUCAUUGCAAUUACCAUUUUUUAUUCUACUUAACCAUACCUCAGAUAGUCGUA